AUGUCCACGCAACAAUUUGCAAAAGAUCAGCCUGCGGGCUUCUCUAACCGCAUCGAAAGAGUUGCUAUAGUUGGAGCUGGCGGCCGACAAGGCGCCCAGAUAACUGAGCAACUCCUCAAGACUGGAAAACAUACCAUCACUGCCCUGACUCGCAUCGGCAGCACGUCCAAGCUUCCAGAUAACGUCAAGGCUAUCGCGGUGGACUAUGAGAACGAAGAGUCUCUCGCAUCGGUACUCGAGGAUCAACAACUCCUCAUCAUUACCCUGGCCGUCACUGUCGACCCAGAAGUCCACCAUCGCAUCGUUCGCGCAGCUGGCAAAGCAGGAAUCCGCUACAUCAUCCCCAAUAUCUACGCCGCCAAUGUUGUUAUCGAUAACCAAGGUUCUGUCGAUGGCUUCUUCCCCGCUGCUCCACCCAUCAAUCUUCUGAAGGAAAUUGAGCGCGUUGGUGUCAGUUCUUGGAUCCUUCUCGUAGGAGGCGUCUGGUUUGAUUACAGCCUUCCUUCCGGAGAGUCUUUCAUGGGGUUUGAUAUCGAUAACCGCAAGGCCACUUUGUUUGACGAUGGUGAAGCAAAGAUCAACACUAGCACUCUGGCUCAGUUCGGCCGUGCCGCUGCUGCCAUUGCAAGUCUCAAAGAGCUUCCAGACGGCGAAGACGACAAGUCCUCAACAAUCGCGGACUUUUGCAACAGACCAGUGUAUCUCUCUAGCUUUUAUGUCAACCAGAAGGAUAUUCUGAGAAGUAUUGAGCACGUCACAAAGACGACCGACGCAGACUGGGAGAUCAAGUAUGAGAGCAGCGCUGAUCGAAUUGAGAAUGGCAAGGCGAUGGGGAGAUCUGGUAAUAUCAUGGGACUUGUACAGGCUUAUUAUUCGUUCAUCUUCUCGCCAUCGGGCCAGAAACUCAAGACCCAAGACAAGCUGCACAAUGAGAUUCUCGGACUGCCGGAUGAGGACUUGGAUGCAGUGGUCAGGGAUUGUGUUGAAAUGGCCGAGAACAAAUUUCGUCCCCUGUAA